CCCAAAUUCCCAUUCAUGGUGUUUUCCUGAGAGCUCUUCUCCGAGCCACGAAGGACGACGAUGGAGGCCAGAGCUCCGGCGCCGGCGCCGGAGAGACGAGGGGACAACGCCAUCCACCCGCUGGUGAUCAGCACCUCCACUUCCACCUCUCACCGCUCCUCAUCGUUGACGAGGUCUCACCAACCAUUCAAAAGAUGGAUCCCUUGGCUCAUCCCAUCCUUCCUCGUUGUAAACAUCAUCGUUUUCGUUGUCACCAUGUACGUUAACAAUUGCCCUAAGAACUCCUCCUCUUGCUUCGCUAGAUUCCUCGGCAGGUUCUCCUUUCAGCGCCUCAAGGAGAACCCCCUCAUCGGCCCCUCCUCCGCCACGCUACUGAAGAUGGGGGGUUUAUAUUAUUCUAAUGUGGUCAAAAGGCAUCAAGGGUGGCGGCUAGUCACUUGCAUUUGGCUGCAUGGUGGCGUUGUUCAUAUACUUGCCAAUAUGUUGAGCCUUUUAUUUAUUGGAAUUCGUCUUGAGCAAGAAUUUGGGUUUGUAAGAAUCGGGCUGCUCUAUCUUAUCUCUGGGCUUGGUGGGUCUGUGAUGUCUGCUCUAUUUUUACAAGGCUCUAUCUCAGUUGGUGCUUCAGGUGCUCUUUUCGGAUUGCUAGGAGCCAUGCUAUCAGAACUCAUAACAAACUGGACGAUUUAUGUAAAUAAGUUUGCAGCACUGUUUACCCUGGUGUUCAUAGUAGUAGUUAACUUGGCUGUUGGGAUCCUCCCCCAUGUGGACAACUUUGCUCAUAUCGGAGGAUUUAUUUCAGGCUUCCUUCUUGGGUUUGUCUUUCUAAUUCGUCCUCAGUUUGGAUGGGUUAGCAGAAAGCAUGCCUCUCUUGGAUAUCCUCCUGGUUCAGUUAGACGCAAGCACAAGAAAUAUCAGUACAUAUUGUGGAUAAUGGCUGCCUUCCUAUUAAUCUCCGGGUUCACCGUCGGCCUGGUUAUGCUUUUCCGAGGGGUUGAUGCGAACAAGCAUUGCUCAUGGUGCCACUACUUGAGUUGUGUCCCCACCUCAAAAUGGAGUUGCAAGGCACAGUCUUCAUUCUGCACGGUAAUUCAAACUGCAAAUCGCUUGAACUUGACAUGCGACUCCAGUGGAACAACCAAAAUCUACUCAUUAUCUAAUACAACUGAGAGCCAGAUAAAUGAGCUAUGUUACCAGCUUUGCACUUGAGUUGCAUCACUCUUGUACAUCUUCAGGUUUCCUUAUUCUUUAUGCAAUCCUUCAAUAUACACUACAUUACCUGUUUUACUGUAUGAAAACUAUUUAGUUGCUUCUCAGUACAUCUUAUUCAUUACGUGCCAUGACUUUUCUUUAACUUCAA